AUGAGGAACAACACUUUGUUGACAUUCCUUGCUAGACGACCAUCGACAACAACAACAACCCAUAACCCAAAUUUACGUUGGCGGUUCUUCUGUUCACCACCCUCUUCCUCCUCUACUGGCCCAAACAAUAAGCUCUUCGUUGGAGGCUUGUCAUGGUCGAUGGACGAGAAGUCCUUGAAAGACGCUUUCUCUUCCUUCGGGGAGGUCACUGAAGUGAAGAUAGUGUAUGAUAGAGACUCAGGAAGGUCUAGAGGCUUUGGAUUUGUUAAUUUCACCAAGGAAGAUGAUGCCCAGGUUGCAAGAGAUGCCAUGGAUGGAAAGGCAUUGCUGGGUCGGCCAUUGAGGGUUACUUAUGCUCUGGAAAGAGUUCGAGGUGGACAUGUUGUGGUUCCUCGCCUUUCCGACAGUGGAGAUGCUAACAGUCGAUAUACAUGA